AUGUUUGAACGUCUGAGGAAAGUGAGCCUGCCGGCGCUCUCGGCUUAUAUUCUCUUCUACAGCUACCACUAUGCCCGUGUCCUGGGAGUGGUUUGCUUCAGGAUCGAUAAGAGGAGAGCCGACGAGUCCAUGGUGGUUCGUAAACAGCAUCAGUUAAAGUGGCUCAGCUUGAGUCUGCGACUCAUCUGCUCCACGGCGGUCUGCUGCUUCUGUGCUCCCACCGUAUCCGAAAUCGAGGAUCCCUACGAAUACUUUAUGCAAUGCCUCCGCCUAAUGGCCAGCUUCUUGUGCGCUAUCUGCAUUGUGGUGGUUCAAAUGGGCUACGAACACGACCUUCUCCGAAUGAUCAAUAACUUUAUGCGACUCUUUCGACGCAUUCGCCGUUUGUGGUGCCAAAAAAAGUUUGGUUUCGGUGGCAAAAGGGAGUUCUGUCUGUUACUCAUGAAAUCCCUGUGCUUGAUCUAUGAACUGUACUGUGAGUUGAGACAGCUAGGGGAUUCCCCCCAUUGGCUGGCUCUGGUCACUAUGAUAUGUGAAAUAUUCUUAGAGAUUAGCUCUUUGAUGUUCUUACACAUUGGAUUCCUGGGCUAUCUGACUGUGGCUGCCCUCUAUUCUGAGGCCAAUAGCUUUGUGCGUGUGGAGUUGCGUCGCCAAUUGAGAUCCUUGGAGCGUCCUGGCGGUGGUCCUGUCACGCGUCGUCAUCUAAGGAUUGUUGAGUGCCGCCUGGAUGAGUGCAUUUCGAUAUAUGAUGAGAUCGAACGAGUGGGUCACUCCUUUCACCGCCUCUUCGAGCUGCCUCUUCUCAUUAUUCUAAUAAGCAAGAUCUUUGGCACCACAGUUUUGUCCUAUGAGGUGAUCAUCCGAGCGGAGCUAUAUCCUGAUAAGGCUGGAAUGUGGGGCCUGGUGGUCAAGAGUUUCGCCGAUGUUAUACUCCUUACACUGGCUGUUCACGAGGCGGUAAGUAGCUCCCGGCUGGUGCGUCGCUUGAGUCUCGAGAAUUGUCCUCUCAGCGAUCAUAAGGAGUGGCAUAUGAAGUGGGAAAUGUUCUUGAGCCGUCUGAACUUUUUCGAGUUUCGUGUAAGGCCUUUGGGCUUGUUUGAGGUAUCCAACGAGGUGAUCUUAUUAUUUUUGUCAGGCAUGAUCACCUAUUUUACCUAUGUGGUGCAAGCUGGGAUUCAAGCUAAUCGAUUGUGA